UAUCAUCAAAGACAAAAGGCACAGCCAAGGUUCUGUACAAACCUCAAUUUAGAAGGCUUCACGUGGAUUUGGGAAUAGAUAAGAGAGAGACAACAAAUAUAUCUGUCGACAUCGUCUUCCUACAUGCAGCUCCCCGCUUAGCUUUAUUGAAAAGGAGCAGCCCAUUAAAGCAUUUGAUAGGUAGGAAGGCUUGGUCUGAGGGUGCUGGCUGGCUGCUGGUUGGAGAUGAGAUAAGAGCACUGGGAAGAGAGAAAAGAAGUGGCUGUCUGACAGGAGCUGAAUACAAAUCAGCAAUCAUUUCUCCUGCAGCCACACCAGUGAGGCAAAUCAAUAAUAUAUAAUAAUGUAAAGCGAAAUGGACAAAUUAGCCGCCAUCAAUUACAGGAGCAUUAGUUGUGAAUGGAAAUUAUGGAAUUUUUGCUGAUAUUGCACUGCAACAGAAGGGAUGGGAAAUGAGGAGAAAUGAGAUUUUUUUCUAGGACCAAGCCACUGUACAGCCUGUCCUCGGUGCCAUGCCUGAACUGAUCCAUGUGCAGUUUUGGAUAGCAGUGAUGAGGCUGGUCUAAACCUUAGAGAAAAGAAGGUUUAAAAGGAGCAGAGGCGAGAUGGAGUUGGAUAAUAUCUCACUAGAUAACUUUACCAGCAACAUCACAGAGAUUCCUGACACCACUACAACUCCACCCUGGAGCGAGGCCACGCUGCUUGGCCUCCAGAUCUCCCUGUCUGCACUGUUAGCUCUCGUCACGCUGGCUACUGUCCUUUCAAACGCCUUCGUCAUCGCCACCAUCUUUCUGACCAGGAAGCUCCACACACCUGCCAACUUCCUGAUCGGCUCCCUCGCCGUCACAGACCUGCUGGUGUCUAUUUUAGUCAUGCCAAUUAGCAUCGUAUACACCGUCAGCAAGACCUGGUCGUUCGGGCAGAUUGUUUGUGACAUCUGGCUGUCGUCUGACAUCACCUUCUGCACGGCCUCCAUCUUGCACCUGUGUGUGAUCGCACUGGACCGCUACUGGGCCAUCACAGAUGCGCUGGAGUACUCAAAACGCCGCACCAUGCGCCGGGCAGGGAUCAUGGUUGGGGUGGUGUGGGUGAUCUCCAUAUCAAUUUCCAUGCCUCCACUUUUCUGGCGUCAGGCCAAAGCCCACGAGGAGCUUACAGAGUGCUUGGUGAAUACAGAUCAGAUCUCUUACACCCUAUACUCCACCUUCGGCGCCUUCUACGUUCCCACGGUGCUUCUCAUCAUCCUCUAUGGACGGAUCUAUGUUGCCGCCCGCUCCCGCAUCUUUAAGACGCCAUCAUCCUCGGGGAAACGCUUCACCACAGCACAGCUCAUCCAGACCUCUGCAGGCUCCUCUCUCUGUUCUCUUAAUUCUGCCUCCAACCAGGAAGCACACCUACACUCUGGCAAUGCAGGAGGUGGAGGGGGAGGGGGAGGAUCGCCUCUGUUCAUGAAUAGUGUGAAAGUGAAGCUGGCAGACAGCGUGCUGGAAAGGAAACGUCUGUGUGCAGCUCGGGAGAGGAAAGCGACCAAGACAUUGGGCAUCAUCUUGGGCGCGUUCAUUGUCUGUUGGCUCCCAUUCUUUGUCGGCACGCUCGUCAUGGCCAUAUGUAAAGAGUGCUGGUUUGAUCCAGUGCUUUUUGAUAUAUUCACCUGGCUGGGAUACCUGAACUCCCUCAUCAAUCCUGUCAUUUACACCGUAUUCAACGAUGAGUUCAAACAAGCUUUCCAAAAACUCAUUAAAUUCAGACGGUGCUCCUGAAAAACUUUACAGUGGAUUAAAACUCUUGGAAAACAGGGAGUGAAAAAGACAAUGAACAAAAAAAGAUAAUAAUGAUAAUGAAAGUACCGCACACUUAAAUGUUCCAUCUUGUAAAAACAUGCUAAUUGUGAUUUUUAUUUUUUCUUUACAUCAGACAACUCUGUGCCAUAGCUCUUUGGAUUCCUACAGCAUACCCUUCAUGUAGACUUGCAUGCACGCUAAAAAAAAGAGACAAAUCUUGACCCCCAAGAAUUGUGGAACUCAUCUUUAAAAGAUAAAGAAAAGGGAUUUGAAGUCUAUUUCAUGUCACGAGGCACUGCUGUUAUUUCUUGGACAGAAGCAAAAAAGUAUUGGUGUAACUGUAUGGAACAAGCAAACUCAUAGUGACUGGGUUUAAUCCAGCAAAAAUGAAAAGCCAUGAAAUAUAUGUUGUCUUAAUCUCUGUGUCAUACUGUA